AUCUCCCCUCUUUUAGUUGGAAAACAUUUCCCCUUGUCCUAUCACAGCUGACUCUGCUAAUUGCCUGUACCCUUCUUUCUUACAGCCCCAUUAAAUACUGAAAGGCCAUUCUCAGGUCAUUCUCCUUUCUAGGCUGAACAUCCCCUGCUCUCUCAGCCUGUCCUCGCAGGGGGGGAAGUGUUCCAUCCGUUGGGUCAUUUUGAGAAGGAGGGUGUAUAUAUAUACAUAUAUUUUUUUAGCACUGAUUCCAGUCCACUGCUUGCCUCUGGGAGCAGGCAUGUUUGGGAUACUACAUUCAGCAUCCCAACUUUCAACAGGUGCUGGGAGCAAAGUCAGAGCAAACCCACAGCGCAGAGAUUUCAGAGCACAAGAAGCUCUGCAGUGCACGUUUGUCUUGCAAGAUAUCCCUGCCCUGGGGCAGGAUUCUUCUCCACUCAUGCUCUGCAAGGCUGGCUGGGCAGAGAAGAUGCUCAUGUGUCUCUCCUCUCCUGUGACCUCAGAAGGUGUUCAUUAUCGAGCAGUUUCCAGUCACCAUAACCUCAGAGACAUGCAGGAGCACAGGGAAGACUUUCUCUCUGUAUUUUCUCUCCCCACAAUCAUUUUAAUUGCUGAUUUCCCCCCGCCCAGGUUUUAAAGCGCACCGUUUGCAAAGGCAAGGUUUUGUUCCCACUCGCAGAAUCGACCUGUUUUGUCUCUGCUUUGGGGAAGAGCCCUUAGCCCUUGCAGAGUUGUGAGUGCAGGCUGCAGGAGCAGGAGGAUUUGGGGAUCCAAGAUUGUUUGUUUUCCUUGUGAUGGUAGGAUAGGAUACCUGAAGGAGGUGACUUCCAUUCUUGGUGUUCACGCAGGAUGGUGUGCAAGGAGGACUUUGUCACUUGGCUAGUCGAAACAGCAGUUGUAUCCAGCCUGCAGAAAGCUAUGCAACAACGAGAUGUUCAUCAUUCAUACACAACAGCUUGAAAUUCCAUCUCCUCUGCUUCGUGGGGAGCAGCCCCUGCGUGUGUUAAGGGUUCAGGACCUAGGGGUCAGCGAACUGGAAAAAGCAAUAGUGAAUGUAUCAGCCACUAUGGAAAGAAUUAAGAACCUGACUUUAGGUACCAUGCAGGGUCUGCAGACAGAGAUCUGUUCCUUGAGGUCUUGCAGAAUAGAAUGUCCCUAGACCUUCACACAGCAAAGGCAGGACGGGUCUGUACGAUAACUAACCGAAGUUGCUGUGCUUGCAUGGGCCAAAAUCGAGAGGUAGAAACUGAUUUACAGACAAUUUGGAGACAGGUUAAAGUUGUGCACCGUCUCCUUAGAUGGCACUUCGUUUGGAUUCAUGGAUAUACAGCAUAAGCUCGCUCACUGGCUCCACAACUUUACCUGGGUAAAGCAACUGUUUGUAGCAGCAGUUGUACUGAUUAUCCUUACAGGGAUAACCUGCACAGGCAUGCAGUGUUCUUUCUGGUGGUGUCCUAAGAGAAAAAGACCUAGAUGAUUAUGCCAAGAGGCGUCAUAUGAAGCACCAGGUGGAAUCUAGAAAGUAAUUCAGGAAGGCGUUAAUGGACAGUGGUGCACAGUAGGCAAAAGGAUUUGCCUAGGAUAUAAAAAAGGGGGGGUGAAUCGUGUGAAUCACAGCUUUUCCAUACUGUGAGAACAGACUUUCUGGAUAACUUGAGUGGAUAAAAGCUGAAGGACGAGCUGCUUGCGUACAGGUAGGCUCAAGAACAGAAUGCAGAGUUGCACAAACUCGCUGACAAACCAUGAUAAGAAAGAAGAGUAGGUGCUCUGUUGUUGAAGAUAGGACAGUGAAACAGAUACCUCAGCCCAACACAACACCAACAUGAGCUGGGUCAGGCUGUCCCCAACCUCCCUUAAGAGUUUGGAGUGAGGUUGACACCUGGCCUUCAUUCAAUGAGCACCAGAGACCCCCACCACAUUUUAUGGUGCAUGCUCAAGAGGAUGGGACAGUACGAUUUUCCUGGCAGCGGUUUGAUUAUGAGUGGUGCCUAAUUCAGCAAUUUCUGUUCGUCCUUCCCAGCCGCCAUAAACUGCACUGUAUUGCUCUGAAUAAGUUUCGUGCUGCACUGCAUUGCGAACAAACCCUUGUAUUGCAAAUAAACAGCGUUGCUCAUUAAACCAUGGAGCAGUUGAAUUCACUGCUGCUUGUGACCCUCUACGUGUAAAGCUAUAAAUUUAAUGUCACCCAUGGAACAAAUAACAUUGGGACAAAUAGGAUUAACGCCAAGGAUACCUAAAUUUGUAUUAAGCAGAUACCCUGAAUUCCUCCUUCAUGGGCAGGACGGGGGGGAAGCACUCAUUGUUCUCUGAGCAUCAGCAAACCCUCAGCCCUGGAAUUCUGGACAUUUUCCAGCCGGAUCCUUCCAGAACCAGAGCUGGGGAUGGAGCAGGAGAACACAGCCCUCCGCGUCGCUCCCCCCAGGACUUCCUUGUGCAAGAGCUGCCCUUUUGAGACCUGCAAAGCCCGACAGGAUGUGUGGGAGGAGCACUGCAAGCCCUGCUCUGAGCUCCCGCAGGGGGAGUCGGCCUUAUCCACCCCUUUUUUUUGCUGUUUCUGCACCGCUGCAGCACUUUUGCAGCUCCACAGGACUGAGUGGGGAAGAUGCCACUAAAGGAGAAGGAAGAGGAGAAGCCUCACAAUGACGGCUGUAGCCCUGGGCAACCAGGUAAGGGUGUGGAGAGCCUGAUGAAGAACAUUGAUGUGUGUCGCAGCGUGGGCCUGGAGAUCAUCAACAGGACCAGGACAGUGACGCUGAAGGAGUUCAGGAGUUACUGCUUCAGUGGCCAGAAUGUGGAUCCCCUGCCCUUUGAAAUUGGCCCAGACUCCAGAGGAAUAUGUGCCUUUGCAAAAACUCCCUACAGCCUGCGAGGGAGCGUGGGGAUUGUGGUCUGCAAGGCUGACGCUUUCUUUUUGGCCAUCGCAUUCUCCAACCCCUAUGACUACGUCCUCUACAAAAUCGAGUUUGCCUUGGAGAUCUUCACGGAGGAGAACCACCUGGGGAUCCUCAGCGACGUCUUCUCCAAAAUGAUGAAGAGUAAACCAUACUGCGGCUCCUCGCUCUUCCAGCGAGCCGCGCUCGAGUCCCAACAUGAAACCCUGGAGGUCUCCAAGGGGAACAUUCGUGUCCAAGCCAAGAUGUCCAACAAUGAGAAAGCCAUCCUGAAAGUCCAAGUUGAAGAAAUAGAUCCACCACCCUACACCAAAGUCAUGUGAGGGAAGAUGGGCACCACUGCUGCCCAAAGGAACCCCUGGGAGAUAUUCAGCAAGGAUGCAGCAAGGCUUCUCCAGCGGUCUUGGAAGGAGGUGGAUGGUGAUGAUGGAUCCCAUGGGACACCUCAUCGACUUUGCUACAGAGCUAACAGUGUUCUACAGCUUGCUAAUUAACUCAUGAUUGCAUAUGAUAGCCAAUAAAUAUAUUCUUACCCUCA